UGUGGCCGGAUCCCCAGGAGGAGUUAUUCUGGGUUGCCAUGAGAGAGACCUUCGAGGCCCUCAGGUCCCUGGGACUCUCUGUGGGACAGCCGGAGAUGGCCCCCCAAAGUGAGCCUGGGGAAGAGUCCCAUAAUGCCCAGGAACAGAUGUCCCCUCCCCGGGAAGAGAGAGCGCUGGGCAAAUGCUCAGGGCGUGAGGCCCCCAGACCAGAGGAAGGUGCCCCCACUGAACAAGGUGAAGCUCCCUGCAGAGGAGGCCGGGCAUGUGCACCACGGAAGGCUGAGCCCAUGGGCUCCUGCCCAGGGGAGGAGUGGAUGAUUCGGAAGGUGAAGGUGGAGGAGGAGGAUCAGGAGGCAGAAGAGGAGGUGGAAUGGCCCCAGCACCUGUCAUUACUCCCCAGCCCCUUUCCCGCACCUGACCUGGGGCCUCUGGCCGCCGCCUAUAAGCUGGAGCCGGGGGCCCCGGGGGCACUGGGCGGGCUCGCGCUGGCGGGGUGGGUCCCGACCUCGGAGAAGCCCUACGGCUGCGGGGACUGUGAGCGCCGCUUCCGGGACCAGCUGACCCUGCGGCUGCACCAGAGGCUGCACCGCGGCGAGGGCCCUUGCGCCUGCCCGGACUGCGGCCGCAGCUUCACGCAGCGCGCGCACAUGCUGCUGCACCAGCGCAGCCACCGCGGCGAGCGGCCCUUCCCGUGCUCCGAGUGCGGCAAGCGCUUCAGCAAGAAGGCCCACCUGACCCGCCACCUGCGCACGCACACGGGCGAGCGGCCCUUCCCGUGCGCGGAGUGCGGCAAGCGCUUCAGCCAGAAGAUACACCUGGGCUCGCACCAGAAGACGCACACGGGCGAGCGGCCCUUCCCCUGCCCCGAGUGCGAGAAGCGCUUUCGCAAGAAGACGCACCUGAUCCGCCACCAGCGCAUCCACACGGGCGAGAGGCCCUACCAGUGCGCGCAGUGCGCGCGCAGCUUCACGCACAAGCAACACCUGGUGCGGCACCAGAGGGUCCACGAGGCGGCCGGCCGCGCCCCGCCCUCCCCCGACGCGCCCGCCUCGCCCCCGUCCCCUGCCCCGUCCCCCACGCCGUCCCCUCCCGGGCCCAAGCCUUUCUCCUGCUCCGACUGCGGCCUGAGCUUCGGCUGGAAGAAGAACCUCGCCGUGCACCAGCGUCUGCACCGUGGCGAGGGGCGCCCUUUCGGGUGCGACGAGUGCGCACUGGGCGCCACCGUGGACCCCGCCGCUGCCACCGAGCCCUUGGCCUGCGCGCCCCGGAGCACACCGGCGCCCCCGGGCGCUCCCGCGAGCCAGCGGGCCUUCCUCUGCCCGGACUGCGGGCGCGGCUUCGCCCACGGGCAGCACCUGGCGCGGCACCGGCGGGUGCACACGGGCGAACGGCCCUUCUCCUGCGCGCAGUGCGGCCGCCGCUUCGGCUCGCGGCCCAACCUGGUGGCCCACUCCAAGGCCCACAGCGGCGCCAGGCCCUUCGCCUGCGCGCAGUGCGGCCGCCGCUUCAGCCGCAAGUCGCACCUGGGCCGCCACCAGGCGGUGCACACAGGCAGUCGGCCCCACGCCUGUGCCGUGUGCGCCCGCAGCUUCAGCUCCAAAACCAACCUGGGCCGCCACCAGGCCGUCCACACGGGUUCCCGCCCCUUCUCCUGCCCUCAGUGCGGCAAGAGUUUCAGCCGCAAGACCCACCUGGCGCGACACCAGCGCGUCCACGGCGGCGCCGCCCUCCCGACCUCCGAACCUGACCUCUUGCCUCCGGCCUGGCCCACUCCCACCGAGGUGGCGGCAUCCCCGCUCUUUUUCUGAGCCUCGUUCUAGGCCGGACCCUGCCUUUGCCUUCUUUUGUUCCCUGCUUCCAGAGACCCAUGCCUGACGACAGCUCCUGGGCGGAGGAGCACGAUGGCAUGAACAGCCUCUGGCCAUUUUCCUUCCCUCUCUGUCUUGCUGGGGAGAAGUCCGGAAAGGAUAACCGGCUUUGACAUUCUGGGACAAAAACAGUGCUGAGAGUGAAUCCUUGCUAGGAACAGUUCAGGCCUGAGUUCCUGAAAAUCUCCCACCCAGAGACCCCAUCGGAAAGCAGACGUUUCCCGGACCACU